CGUAAUUAGACGACAACUUCAUCAUAAACUUAACAUACUGUCAACGAAACGUCGAAAAUGUGGAAAAAGCGUACAGACAGUGGUAAACUAUCGUUACGAUUAUUAUAACGGUCGAAGUAUGCAACCAUGUGGCCUACGAGACACGAAACGAUGACCCGCGAUGAAUGCAGAAAAUGUUUACGAUAUUUGGAGUUAGAUGCUUAUGGAAGUAUGGUGUCUGUACUGCGUGCUCAAGGUCCUUUUACUACUGAGAAACAAAAAUUGUUACAAGAACUUGCUAAAGUUUUACAUAUUUCUAAUGAAAGACAUCGCGCUGAGGUAAGAAGAGCAGUAAAUGAUGAGAAAUUAGCAACAAUAGCUGAACAAUUAAGUGGUCCAAAUACUGGCACAGAUUGGACUGUUGAAGGUCGUCGUGCUAUUCCCCUUUUGCCAAGAUUAAAGGCCAGGUCUGCUUUCACAACGCUAGCAAAUAGCUUAUCUCUUGCAACUGCAGCUGCAAACAAAAGGAAUCAUCCUGUUCAUGAAAAACCGGAGGAUGCAAAAGAUAUUCGAUGUGAAUCUCCUGUUAAGGUGAAAGUAGAAGAAAACAUACUUAGUGAUAGUGAACUUUCAUCUGUUGAAAACAAGUCUAAUGAAGAAAAUGUUAUGAAUGAGGUUGCUGAACUAAAUGAAAAUAAAAACUUCAAUAUUAAUCAGUGCAGUAUUUCAGAAACCAAUGACACGUGCGCUACUUUGAAAAAACGUAAACCUACUUCUCCCCUUCCAACGACACAUCCUAAUAAAGUUCUGGUAGUGUCAACAAAUUCAAUAGGAACUUUAAAUCAUGGUAACAGCCAAAAAGGUUCACUAGAAAACACUAUCCAGUUAUCACGGGUGCCAACGAAUUCGUUGCAACACCAAAAUUUUACAAUAAUACCCCUUAAUAUUAAUUGUGGCGAAAGCUCUACAGAUUCUACAGAAUCAGUAGUACAAGAAAAUGUCAGCAACCACGUAGCGGUGUCAUCUAGUAAUGCUGCAAACGCUGUGAUCCCAGUGGAGACAACGAGUAUUGUUAAAGCUAAAGAAAAAAUAAUUACAACUCAAAGCACAUUUAGUAAAAAGAUUGGGUCAGCGGUUCUGGUGUCCAGUAACGUACCCUGUACUUCAGUAAAUAACUUGCAGCUUGAAACUCAAGACACAUCGACGCAAAAUAGUUUAAGUAGUUCACAAAAGACAGACUCUGAGAAUUCGAACUCCACUACCAGCUGCACAAAACAUGUUGUACCAGUUGUACAUUCUAAUGCAAAACCUCCGAUAUCUACAACUAUUAUUACAAAUCAUUCGCAUCAUGUAAUGGCUGUGUGUCCUAAUACAACUGUAUCAAAUGGACCAGGACCACCUCAGUCUAAGCAGAUAACAACAUUAACUUGUACAAAAUUACCUACGACGCUCAAUAAUCAAACCGCUGCCAAAAUGGGUGUUACGCUAAAUUCUACUAAAACUGUAAAUAUAUCUCAUCAUCCGAAUACGAAAUUAGCAUCUAAACCGAAUUUGAUUGUUAUACAAAAGGGUCAAACCAAAGGUGUAACACUUUCUCAUGUAGGCAAGGAGGUAUUAGGGAAAGUAAUAGUGGGUGGGAAAAAUUUAUGUGUUACGAGUCAACACAAUGCUUCUAUUAAUGUGCUACCACGCCAUAUCACGUUGAACAAUGGAGAUCAAGCAGUAACUAUGUUGUCAGCAACAAAUUCGUCUCAAACGGAAUCUGUAACAUCUAACAUAAAACCUGGUAACACAAUUAUGUUCAAUCUUCGUCAAGAAGUCUUGGAGAAAAAUAAAUCUCUGUCUCAUCUUUUUGAAUCACCUAACGUUCUUACCUCAGAAUCUAAGACUGUGAUACAAAAUACGCAUGUUCGGCUUUCGAAGGAACUAAAUAACAGUGACUCACAUGUACAGGAUAAAGAGAUCAUUGUAAAAACCGAUGCUGUAAUUACUUCUGUUAAAGAUGAGAAACACAGGUCAGUUUGAAAUAAUCUAACUAUGUUGUGAAAUUGUUAUGUUAAGAAG